AGUCUGUGGUGUGUGUGUGUGUGUGUGUGUAUGUGCGUGUGUGUGUGUGUGUCGUCUGCUGCCACCUGCACUGUCCACAACAGGAUUCUCUCUGCAGUGUCAUGGCAUGUUGGGCUGCUGAUGCCUUCAGGUUAACAGGGACAGACUUUGAGCACACACUCAGUCCUGCAGGCGAGUAAACUUCUACAAGUCCUCCUGUAACUCCAGAUCUAAGUUCACCACCAUCAGAGAGAAUGGAGCCAGACCCGGACCACGCUAGGAAAGUGAUCUCCUGGAAUAGUCCACCUUCCUCUCUCUAGAUGCUGCUAAGCCCUCUAUGGAUUCAGCAGCUACCUGUUCGCUCACUUACAAAUGUUUGCUGAGAUAGUUCUAUUGAAGGAACAUUGAAGACAAAAAGCCACCUGGGCUGAGGACUGUGAGCACUCUGUGUCUGUGGUCAGGGCUUCAGUCAUGGGGAAGGAACAGGACCUGCUGCUGGCUGUGAAGACUGGAGAUCUUUUGCUGGCACACAAACUUCUCUCCAAAGUCAAGUGCAGCAAAACAAAGCUGCUGGGCUCCACCAAGAGACUCAACAUCAACUACCAAGACUCAGACGGCUUCUCGGCGCUGCACCAUGCGGCUCUGACAGGCCCCACAGAGCUGCUGUCUCUGCUGCUGGAGGCCCAGGCCACGCUGGAGGUCAAGGACAUCAACGGCAUGCGGCCCCUGCACUACGCAGCGUGGCAGGGGAAAGCUGACUCUGUCCUGCUGCUGCUGAGAGCCGGAGCUUCAGUCAACUCCCCCUCCCAUGAUGGACAGAUGCCGUUACACCUCUCUGCUCAGUAUGGUCACUACGAGGUGUCUGAGAUGUUGCUGCAGCACCAGGCUAACCCCUGCCUGCUGGACAAGGCUCAGAAGUCUCCGCUGGAUCUGGCCUGCGAGUUUGGGAGACUGAAGGUGGCUCAGUUGCUGCUGAGCAGUAACAUGGUUUCAGCGCUGUUAGAAGGGGGGGCAGGGCAGGAGAGUCUGGACUCUCCCCACACCACCCCCCUCCACCUGGCAGCCAGGAAUGGACACAAAGACAUCAUCAGGUUGCUGCUCAGAGCGGGGAUCGACAUCAACAGAGCCACCAAAGCCGGGACGUCUCUGCACGAAGCCGCUCUCUACGGCAAGACGGAGGUGGUGCGGCUGCUGCUGGAUGCGGGCAUCAAUGUGAACAUGCGCAACACGUACAACCAGACAGCCUUGGACAUCGUCAACCAGUUCACCACCUCCUCUGCCGGCAGGGAGAUCAAACAGCUGCUCAGAGAGGCAUCGAGCUCCCUGCAGGUCCGAGCAUUGAAGGACUACUGGAACCUCCAGGACCCCACGGCUCUGAACCUCCGCGCGGGGGAUCUGGUUAUGGUGGUGGAGCAGCACUCAGACGGACGCUGGAAAGGUCACAUCCAUGACACCCAGCAGGGUGCCGACCGGAUGGGCUUCUUCCCCCCCUCAGUGGUGGAGGUGCUCAGCAGACGAGCAGGUGUUACUCUCUCCCGCCAAGCCUCAACGCCCAGCCAGCAACAACACUCCAGAGCUCCGCCCUCCAACCACGGCCCCGCCCCUCAGACUGAUGACUCGUACACACUCGGAUAUGAUCCUGCAGGAUCUCCAUGUGACAGUCAGCUCCCAGCUAGUCCUGCUAGCCCCUCUCAGGACAUUUGGGUCCUCAGGAGCUCUCUCACUGGGGACAGGAUCAGUGUGGGCAGUGGGCGCAGUGUGGGCAGCAGCCGCAGCGCUGGCAGCGGUCAGAGCUCAGAGAGCAGACACAAACAGAACGGGGUUCAAACCCGGCACAAUGCGGACAGUGGAAAGCUGACCCCCUCUGCUGGUGAGUCAGGAGAACACCUCCACCCUGCAGCAGCAGAGCACAGCAAGCAGGCAGGCAAAUCAUCAGGAAGCUCCCAACGGCAGGUCAACGGCAGCACUCCUCAGAGAGGCUUUGUGAGGCCAGCAGAGCUUCUGGAGGGAAAGGACUCUGAGGCCAUCUACCAGUGGCUGUGUGAGUUUCAGUUGGAGCAGUACACAUCCAACUUCAUCCUCGCAGGAUACGAUGUCCCCACCAUCAGCAGGAUGACCCCUGAGGACCUGACAGCCAUCGGAGUGACCAAACCUGGCCACAGGAAGAAGAUCUCCCUGGAGAUCGGCCGGCUGAGCCUCCCUGAGUGGCUGCCUGACUACACUCCUUCGGAGCUGGGGGAGUGGCUGAGUGUGAUCGGACUGCCUCAGUACCAGAGGAGGCUGUGUGAAAACGGCUAUGACUCCAUCUCUAUCGUCAAAGACAUCACGUGGGAGGACCUGCAUGAGAUAGGCAUCACCAAACUGGGCCACCAGAAGAAGCUGAUGUUAGCGGUGAAGAGACUAUGUGACCUGCAGCGUUCUCGUAACCAUGCUGACAGAGCUGGAGGCGGGACCCUCCAGCGCAAGCCCCCCGCAGCCCUGGAGCUGGUGGCCAUCGAAAACACACCAACACACACUCUGCACACUCACACUCCUUCUGACGACUGCUGCCCCUCCCCUCGCUCUCCCAGGACCCUGCUCUCCUUCCAGGACAGCGAGCUGAGCGCCGAGCUGCAAAGCGCCAUGAUGGGCAGGGCGCUGGGGGGGUCUGCAGAGGCGUUCAGCAUCAGGGUGGGCUCUGCAGCAGCCAUGUAUGUCAGUCAGGAGAGCAUCAGCACGUGGUCCCGAGGCUCCGGGAACUCAAACUCAGGAUGUUCUCGAAACCCAUGGAAUGCAGGGACUGCCAUGCACUCAGAGGAGAGUGGGGGGGGGGAGGAGGGGCGUGGGGGGAGCAGUCCUGGAGUCAGGAGCAGAUACAGACCCUCAGAGAUGUUGGACCGCUGUCGCUCUGCCACCCCCAACAGUGUCCCCUUCGCCCCCCUUAUCCCUCCCAUUACUCCCAGCAAGAUGCCCUGCGUUGCCUACCCGCCCCCACCCCCCAAGACCAAACACCAGCCCUCCUCCCCCACUUCUCCUUCCCCGCAGCCUGCCCCCACGCAGACGGCCUUCAGUUACCUCCACGCCCAGGCGGGGGGGGUCAGCGGGGCCCCCUGGCUGCUCUCCAUGCCUCUGCCUGGAGCCGUCCCUCUGCUGGCCCCACGGCCUGCCCGGGACCCGGCUCGCGAAGGUCCGAAGGGGGGCCCUCACAAGAAACGCGCCCAGAGCCUGACCCGCUACGCUCUGUCUGACGGAGAGCCAGACGAAGAGGACGACGCGCCCCGCCCCUGCUCCUCAGCCCCCCCCUCAGCCAUGCCCUCCUACGCCACGCUGUCCCGCAGGCCGGGCCGCGGGCACACCAGCGCCACAGGGGGGGCCCAACGCCACAUCAACCGCAGCCAAUCAUUCGCAGUGCGCUCCAGACGCGAAGGCCCGCCCCCAGUCCCCCCCAAGAGGAUGAGCUCUGUCAGCGGUGGCCCGACAUGCAGUACCGAAGACGGGAAAGAGUCAGAAAUUAAAACCGGGUUGGGGGCGGAGGGCCCCGGAAUCGUGAAGAGCAUUGCAGCUCGACUGGAGGGGGGGUGCAGCAGUCCAUCCAGGAGGAUAGACAUGCCCCCCCCUCAGACCCCUCUGUCACCUGUCUUCCUUCCUGUGUCCUCCCCCAUUCCUCACAUCCUCCUUCAGCACAAAGCGGCCAAUGCUCUGGACCUGGAGGGCCUGAAGAGGACAAAUGUAGAGCCUGACAGACAGAGAGGGGGGGGCACAGAGGAGACACCUGGAGAGAGAGCUAGGAAGAGUGAGAGAGUGUCUCGGGGCGCUGCGUCUCCAAACCACAGUGGGGGGCAUCUCCCAUUCGCUGAAGAAGGAAACCUCACCAUCAAGCAGCGGCCCCGGGGAGCUGUGGCCCCCCCCGCUGAUGCUGAAGUCAAGACUCCGACCCCCCACACCCUGGAGCUCCCAGAGUUCAACCUGAAAGAGUCCGACACGGUGAAGAGACGACACCGACCCAGAGACAAAGACUCACUGACCCCCGAGGAGGCGCCCCCCCCCCAACAGAGAGGCUACAGCGAUGUCAGGGUGCUGAGCAAGGAUCCAGCUCAGGGGCCGGGGGAUAUGUUCCAGAGAGAGGGCUCUAUUGGAAAAGGCCCCAAGCCUCCAGUGUCCUCUAAACCUUCCAAACCUCUUAACCCCCCCCCAAACAGCAGACCAGCACCCCCCCAGAAAACAUUCUCCACAGGACGAGCUGGUGCACCAACAGCCAUUCCUAAACUGACCAGCGUUCAGGUCCACACCGUCUCCCCGAAGCUACACACACACACAUUUGCACAUUGCCCCAGACCUGGGAGUCCCCAGAGAGCUGCAGCCAGGCCCCCGCAGCCCGGCGCGGCCCCCCCCAGCACUGGCAGAGCGCUGCGUCCAGCCCCCCCUCAGCCCCAGGGGGGGGGGGCGGCGGCAGGUCUGGAGGUUCUGGCUCAGCAGAGGCUGGAGCAGACCAGCACGUCCCUGGAGGAAGCUUUCAAGGUGGUGGAGAACAAGGGGGGCGAUGUGGACAGUCCUGUGUCCCACAGCUCAGUGAAGGCAGCAGGAAACAUUCUGGACGACAUCAGCAACAUGUUCGAUGACCUGGCUGACCAGCUGGACGCCAUGUUAGAGUGACCCCCCAAACUCUGCCCCCCAGUUUCCCAGAGAGCAACAGAUAUCAGACAGAUGAUCCUUUGAUUCAAUAACAUAGAUACUUUUAUAGAAGUGCACAUUUUGAGGAUUUCCUGCACAACUGUUCCUCAUUAUUGCCCAGUUUUUCAACGGGAGCCCUUUGCCUCAGGACUCAGCUGAUGAUGCAACACUCCGGAGCAGCAGGGUGUCCUCACUCUAGGGAAUGAGAGUCCAUUGAGUUGGCCUGUAAAUGUAUCACUGUGUCAGAUAUCGAGUAUAUUUAUAUGUCUUUAUUUUUGUAUUAACAAAUACAGUUCGUAUAAUUUCACUGUUUCAAUCGUUCUCAUAUAUAUUAGCACAACUGUGUUGUAAAUAUGUUAUUGUUUAUAACAUAUGGCAAAUAUAGUUAUGUGGUAUUUAUAGCAGCGUAUUCCUGAUUUGAUUUACAGCUCUUCUCUCUCACACAAUGGAGAUGCUUUUAAACAUUUCAGAGGCAGUGACGUGUGUCGGAAUAUUUUGUUCGUUUCAAAGUGACUGAACACCAACACAGAAUUAUUCAAGACUUUUAUGUUAAAAUAUAAUAAAUUAAUAAAUUGAUCUAUUUUAGUAAAUGUAUAAUUUAAAAAGCAUUUAAACUAUGCAUUACAAAAAUGAAAGUUGUUCAAGUCUGUUGUAUUUUUUCAUUUUAAUUAAUAUUUCCAAUUAAUUGGGCAAAAUCAUUUAAAGGACAAUUUGCUUCACAACACACACCACCCCCCCCCCGCUUACUCAUCAUGGGUGAUGACAGUUGUUUAUUAAAAAAAAUAUUGAUUCAUGAUCAAUUUACUGUUUCAAAGGUGAAUAGUGCAAAACAAAGCAGACUUUGUGUCAUUUGAUCCAAAUGUUACAUUUAUCACUGUAACGAGCAGCAGAACAACAGAGCUCCACUGCAGAACAAUCACACAAACCACUGAGGAGCUUCAUUUCUCUCAAGUCAGUCAAAUAAAAUGUUUAUUUAUGUAUGUACAAUCAUCUAUCAAGAGCCAAAUGAAAAAUAAAAUGUGAUUACCUUGAAUAAUACAGGAUUUCAGACGCAGUCCCUCACAUACAUCAUGUUGGCAGUAAGGAGUUAUUCAUAUGAGGCAGAGAUAUUCUUUCAUUCUAGUUGCUGAUUGCAUUCAUCAAAAUCUGACAUUUAAAAUUCAACAGUCUUUCCCCUAUGUCCUAUUAAUCCUUUUGUUGUCCUUUUCAAGUGCAAACUACAUUAUUUGUCUCUUUAAAACAUUUUUCUUAAAGUAUUAUCAUUCUUUCCUGUGUGUGAACAUUAUUAAAACAAAGUGGAAAAGCUCAAUUAAAAAAAAAAAAAA